GUUCUGGUAAUGCUGAGACUCCCGGUGAGCGGCUGGGUUUAUUUUUGGAUCAGUAACUGUGUGUCAAUGGCUGCAGAUGCGUUGGAAAGGAAAGCUCUGAGGUACAAGCAAACUCUGCUUUAUGGGGAGUACCAAGAGAACCAAGGCGGCUCGGGCCGACGGGAGGCCACACGCCUGCUGACAGAGAGGCAGAUCAAGAAGCACGAAAUCAAGAAGCAUCACAACCUCGGGAGGACGCGGCACAGCUACAGCCAUGGCCAUCAGCACCACGGCAGGCACACGGCCAAGUCUCAGCCCAACAUGGAAAACGAGGCUGCUGCUGAUGAUGACGAUGAGAAAACGGCUGAAAAGGAUUUGACGUCCGGUCUGAAGAAAGAACGCUGCUCCUCCAAGUGCAGAGACUGCAUCGCUCGGGUGCAGCGGUUUCUGGUGACGAGGCUGGGAGAGGACUGGAUUUUUCUGGUUUUGUUGGGAAUUACAAUGGCUCUAGUCAGCUGGACCAUGGACUACGCCAGUGCAAAGAGUCUGCAAGCUUAUAAAUGGAUUUACGGGGAGCUGAAGGGGAACAUCCCCCUGCAGUACCUGGCCUGGGUUUCCUAUCCCCUCAUCUUUAUCCUCUUCUCCUCCCUCUUCUGUCACCUGGUUUCUCCUCAGGCUAUCGGUUCUGGGAUCCCGGAGCUGAAGACCAUCCUGAGAGGAGUGGUGCUMAAGGAGUAUUUAACUCUCAAGGCUUUUAUCGCUAAAGUCAUCGGCCUGACUGCGGCGCUGGGGAGUGGCAUGCCUGUAGGGAAGGAGGGCCCGUUUGUUCACAUCGCCAGCAUCUGCGCGGCGGUUCUCAGCCGCUUCAUGUCUUUCUUCUCAGGAGUUUAUCAGAACCCCUACUGUUACACAGACAUCCUGACGGUGGGCUGUGCUGUCGGGGUGGGCUGCUGCUUUGGCACUCCGCUUGGAGGUGUUCUGUUCAGUAUAGAAGUGACGUCCACAUACUUUGCUGUGAGAAACUACUGGAGAGGAUACUUUGCUGCUACAUUUAGUGCCUUCAUCUUCAGAGUGCUGUCUGUGUUUAACAAAGAUGCAGUAACCAUCACUGCUCUGUUCAGGACAAACUUCCGUAUGGAUUUCCCUUUCGACCUGCAGGAGCUGCCUGCGUUCGCCAUCAUCGGGAUCUCUUGUGGGUUUCUGGGUGCUUUCUUUGUGUAUCUCAACAGACAGGUGGUGCUAUUCAUGAGACGACCAAACACCAUGACCCGCUUCCUGAUGAAAUACCGACUGGUCUUUCCUGCCACAGUAACUGUGGUCAUCGCCACCUUGACCUUCCCGCCUGGGUUUGGACAGUUCAUGGCUGGAGAGCUAAUGCCCAGAGAAUGCAUCAACUCUUUGUUUGAUAACUUCACGUGGACGAAGAUGUCAGGAUCUCCCCCUCCGGUGGGUCUGGGUCGCUCCACCGCCUGGCUGCACCCUGACGUCAGUGUCUUCAUCAUCCUGCUGCUCUUCUUCCUCAUGAAGUUCUGGAUGUCAGCAGUGGCCACCACCAUGCCCAUUCCAUCUGGAGCCUUCAUGCCUGUCUUCAUACUUGGAGCUGCAUUUGGCAGAUUGGUGGGUGAAAUCAUGGCCACCCUGUUUCCUCACGGGAUUCUGUUUGAUGGGAUUCUGUACCGCAUCAUUCCUGGAGGAUACGCAGUCAUUGGAGCGGCGGCGCUAACCGGCGCUGUAACUCACACAGUGUCCACGGCUGUUAUCUGCUUCGAGYUGACAGGACAGAUCUCCCACAUCCUGCCCAUGAUGGUGGCAGUAAUCCUGGCCAACAUGGUGGCCCAGGGCCUGCAGCCGUCCCUCUAUGACUCCAUCAUCCAGGUCAAAAAGCUGCCGUACCUGCCAGAGCUUGGCUUCGGACACAUGAGCCAGUACAACAUCUUUGUGGAAGACAUUAUGGUGAGAAACGUGAAGUUUAUAUCCUCCAAGUCGACAUACAGAGAAGUCAAACACCUGCUGGACUCUUCUUCACUAAAGACGAUUCCAUUGGUCGACUCAAAAGAGUCAAUGAUUCUGUUGGGCAGCAUCGACCGGGUGGAGCUUCUGGCUCUUUGUGAUUGGUGGCUGUCACCUGAAAGAAGACUUUUAAUGCAGGGUCGCAGCCUGCAGGAGCAGAAUCUGUGUCACAAAAACAGCUGGGAGUCCUUCGCCUUUGUGGAUGAGGAAGAAGAGGAGGAAAAAGAGAAGGACAGUCCUGUUCAGGAGGAGAGAAACGGACCCCUACCGCCUCAAAAACCUCUGGAGCCUUCAUCAAACCACACKCCUCCUGCACCUGAAAAAGCUCCUCUGCAGUCGGUGAGGAAAACACUCCGAGGCCUCUUCACCUCCAAGAGCAGACAGUGUGAGAAAGAGCUGCAGGAGCCGAGCUCUCCUCCUCUGUCAGACACAAUGACACCAGAUGAGAUCAAAGCGUGGGAGGAGGCAGAGAUGGACAAACCCAUGGAAAUUGAUGAGAUACGAGUCGACCCUUCACCCUUCCAGCUGGUGGAGAGAACAUCGUUACACAAGACCCACACGUUGUUCUCACUGCUCGGACUAAGUCAUGCUUAUGUAACCAGCAUCGGCAAACUCGUGGGGGUGGUGGCACUCAAGGAGCUCCAGAAGGCCAUCGAGGGCUCCACGCGCUCCGGCGUCAGGCUCCGCCCUCCUCUGGCCAGUUUUCGUGACAUCAGCAACCACAAGUCGGUUCCUAAACCUCCACCUCCGUCUUCCUCUUCAUCCUCAACCUCCCCGUCUUCGCCUCCAGUUUUCCCAGAGGCUCCGCCUCCCUCCUCAGCCUCCGAACACAACCACCAUCCUCCUCAUGAUCAUGAGGCCGAGGUGUGGAUUGAGGGGGUGACGGGGGAGACGGGGGAGAGCAGCAGCGCCUCCGGCAGCAGCAGCACGAGGGGGAGGAGCUGCAGCUACAACAGCGACCACACCCUCCCUCCAUCCUCCACUCCGCCUCCUCCUCCAGACCCUCCUCCUUCUUUCAUCCCUCUGUCCACCCUGAGACCCUCACAGAGACUUGAUGAAGCAGAGGACGACAGCGACGAUGAGCCGAUGGUUUAGCUUUUUAACAUUUUUUAUAAGGAAAACUUUUUUUAAAUUUGUUUUUUUUCUGUUCUUAAUUUCUUCUUCUGGUUUUUAGACCAUCAGUGCGUCUGUUUUUAUCACUCUGUUGUGGUCGGAAAGUUUCCGUCUCCUUUCGAAUUCUCAUCUUCUUCCAYAUUUUCUUAUUUUCUUGCUAAUAUAACUUGGUCAUAACAGAAAAACGAGGAAACGAAUGUGUGACAACCAAAACUGUCAAACAUUAUCCUUUUUUCUUACAUCUUUGUGUGAUGAGUAACAAAGCCUAUCAGAAACAUCUAAAAAAAAUUGAGAAUAAUAAGCAAUAAUUAGAAAAUAAUAAGAUAAUUGAUGGAGUUUCUGUCACYAUAAAAAUAAGUUAAUUUUGGCUGCCAAAACAACAAAAACAGUAAAUUCACUCUUCAGUUCUUCUUUUGUUUGACUGUUUAUGUCGGACGAAUCAUGCUUUUUCAAUCAAAUAAAAACAGGAACCAUUGAUUUUGUUUCCCAACCGUCCGUUUUGAGCAGCAGUAAUAAAGCUGCUCAGUCCACUGCGGAGGAUUGGCCGAAGCUCCACAACAACAACCUCUAAACUGUGUGCUGACCUUGUGUCUGCAGCCUGAGAGCUCAUCUCAUCACCGCUCGGCUGAGAAAUGAAGCAGCUAAAGAUGGAUGACAACAGCUAAACCUCUCCACACUCGUCCUGGUUUUUGUUUUGUUUUGUUAAACUAAGAUGUCCCUCAGGAAAAAAAAAACACAAAUUAAAAUCACAACGAUCUUAUUGUACAAAUCAAACAUCUGCUGCAGCUUUCACAAAAUGAGGACUCRUGUUUUGGACAGUGAUUGACAGCUGACAGUUUUUUUUGCAUAAGACCUUCCUACAGAAUAUAAGAUGUUGAUUAAUGGAAAUUUGUAAGCUAAUAUUUUUUAGUAUGAGACUCGUAGUAGGCUUCACUGAGUUAUAUUUAAAAAUAAAACUUAGGGAUGACCACAGGAAGGUCAUAAAUUAGUUAUUUCUCAUCCGGUCUUUUAAACUUGAGUUAACUCAAAAUAAAGUAGAAAUGUUUAAUCUACUGAGCUGCUUUGGAUUAGUUGCAUUUGUUUAUUGUUUGUUUUUAUGUUUUCUUUUAUGAUGUUUUUAUCCGCUCAUCUCUGAUUCUCAGGUGCUGCCUUGAAAGUCUUUAAAUUUACAUAACAACAAAAGGUUUUUUGCAUAAUUUGCUUUCUGUACCUUAAAGAGGAGUUGAAUUGUCACAGGGCCUCUGUCUUGUUUUGCGUAUUUAUUUAUUUACAUAUUUAUUUGUGUUUUAGUUGGAGUCCUGAACACUUCUAAAACUGUGAAAGAUGAAUGGCGUAGCCAAAUAAAAUUUUAUGUAAAGUUGAAACUUGAA